AUGAUUGUUACUGAGUAUGAUGCUAGGUUCGAAGAGCUGGUGAAGUUCUGUCAACACUACAAUGGUGUGGUUGUUGAGGGGUCAAAGUGUAUCAAGUUUGAGAGUGGAUUACGUCCUAAGAUCAAGCAAGAGUUCGAUGCAAGUGAUGAGUUGUUUGCGUCUGCCAAGCAAGUGGAGGAGUUCAUGAAGAAUGAUGCUGAGGUGUUUGUGAUAUUAGCUUCUAUGAAGGCUGAGAGAAAAGCUUUGAUUGGUGAGUUACCUAUGGUGUGCGAAUUUCCAGAAGUGUUUCCAAAUUAUAUCAAUGACUUACCGUCGGAACGUGAGGUUGAGUUUACUAUAGACUUAGUACAUGGUACUAGUCAUGUGUCGAUGGCUCCGUAUAAAAUGUUUGUUUCAAAGUUGAUUGAACUGAAGAAACAAUUAGAAGAGAUGGUUGAGAAGGGUUUUCUGAAUAAAGUGAAGAUCAAGAACAAGUAUCCACUUAUGAGAUUUUAUGAUUUGAUGGAUCAUUUGGUUGGUGCACUUUCUGAUGAAGAGCAUGUAGAGCAUUUGAAGGUUGUGUUGCAAACUCUAAAAGUGAAGAAGUUGUACACGAAUUUAUCUGAGCGUGAGUUCUGGUUGUCAGAGGUGAAUUUCCUCGAGCAUGUAGUUUCUAGUGGUGGUAUUGUUGUGGAUCCAUCGAAAAUAGAUGCAAUGUUGUAG